UGCAAGCAGGGGUGGAUGUGGCAGGAGGUACGCAGUCUAGCGCUGUUCUCGCCGGCUGAACAAGGGCUCUACGAGGAGCAGAUCUUGCGACGGGUGGAGAACGACACCGACUCUUUCAAGAAGUGUCCAAAGUGCAGUCUCCUCGUGCAGAGGUUGGACGUGGAGGACUUUAGCACCAAGUGUCCGGCCUGCCCUGAGAAUAGGGGAAACCCCUACUGGUUCUGCUGGAGCUGCAUGAGGAGGUGGAGAGGACGGUCACUGCACGGAGCCGGCUGCAAGAGGAAGUCCUGCAAAAUGGUGGCGCUGUUACUCUCCUGCCCUUUGAUAACUGACCCGCUGCUGUCAGUCAAUGGGUGCCCAGUGGUGCGGGCAUGUCCCCAGUGCAAAGCCUUGAUCUCCCACACAGGGGGCUGCAAGUAUGUUAAUUGCAGGAACUGCGCCAAUCGAUUCUGUUACCGUUGCUUGGAGAAAUACACGGUGUGCUAUAAUGCCAAACCCAGCUGUUACCAUGAGGCAUCCUGCGCCAAACCCAUGGUGCCCAGGCAAACCUUUACUUCAGAAUAG